AGCUGCAAAUUGGAGAUAGACAAAAAUGGAUGCAUCUUCUUUGCACAUAGCAAUGUUUCCAUGGCUUGCCAUGGGUCAUUUAACACCUUAUCUCCAUCUCUCCAACAAAUUAGCAAAGAGGGGACACAAAAUCUCCUUCUUCAUCCCCAGAAAAACACAAUCCAAGUUAGAGCAAUUCAACCUCUUCCCAGAUCUCAUCACCUUUUACCCUAUAGACGUUCCUCAUGUUGAAGGUCUUCCUCUUGGUGCAGAAACCACUUCCGAUGUAUCUUUUUCUUUAGCUCCACUCAUUAUGACAGCUAUGGAUCGCACUCAGAGGGAUAUAGAGCUUCUCCUCAAACAGCUAAAACCGCAAAUUGUUUUCUUUGACUUCACACAUUGGCUACCAAACUUGACUCGUCGCAUGGGGAUAAAAUCUUUUCAAUACUUGAUUAUUGGCCCAGCAACAGUAUCUUACGUUAGAUCCCCAACAAGGAUGCGCCAAAACAUGACUGAAAGAGAUCUUAUGCAACCCCCUCCUGGGUAUCCUGUGUCAUCUAUCAAGCUUCGUUCCCAUGAAGCCAAUUUCCUUGCUUCUAAAAGGAAUUGGGAGUUUGGUAGCGGUGUUCUCUUCUAUGACCGCCUCAACAAUGGUUUAAUGCUAUCAGAUGCAAUUGGGUUCAAAGGUUGUAGAGAAAUUGAGGGUCCUUAUGUUGACUACCUUGCAGAGCAGUUUGGAAAGUCUGUUAUCCUUUCAGGACCUAUCAUUCCUGAGUCACCCACCACUGUUUUAGAGGAAAAAUGGAGUGCGUGGCUUGGAAGGUUCAAGGAUGGUUCUGUGGUUUUCUGUGCACUUGGGAGUGAAUGGAAAUUACCACACGAUCAGUUCCAAGAAUUGGUAUUGGGUCUUGAACUUACGGGACUUCCAUUUUUGGCUGUUGUAAAAGUUCCAACUGGGUUUGAUACAAUUGAAGCUGCGCUGCCAGAAGGGUUUAAGGAAAGGGUUGAAGGGAGAGGAAUUGUUCACAGUGGAUGGAUACAACAACAGUUGAUUUUGGGACACCCAUCAGUGGGUUGCUUCAUAACACACUGUGGUACUGGUUCGUUAACUGAGGCAUUAGUAAAUAAGUGUCAAAUGGUGUUACUGCCACAACUUGAUGGUGACCAUAUCAUUAACGCUAGGAUGAUGGCUAGCAAGAAGGUUGGAGUUGAAGUGGAGAAAGGUGAAGAAGAUGGUUUGUUCACCAAGGAGAGUGUGAGCAGAGCAGUCAACAUUGUGAUGGAUGAGGAGAAUGAUGUUGGCAAACAGGUUAGAGCAAAUCAUGCAAAAUUGAGGAAUUUCCUCCUAAGCCGGAAUUUAGAGUGGACUUGUCUUGAUGACUUUUGUCAUAAGCUUCAAGAUUUACUCAAAUAAUAUUUAC